AUAGAUUUGUACAAAAUGUCUGAAAUAAAUAGUGAUACAACAAUUGUAGCAACAGAAUCGACCACAUCAACAAAUGAUGAUAACAAUUUAACAAGUGAUGAUUCUUCGGUAGUGUUAAAUCGGGGUGCAACGAACAAUGAUGAUCCUAAUAAAAAUGAACUAAAUAGUAGUAAAAUUGAGUUAAGUGAUACUGAAAGUGUAAUUAAAGAUAAAGAUGCUAAUUGUUCGAAUAAUAAUGAUGGCCGGUCAUCACCGACAAUGUCCGAUACGGGUAGUGUACGAUCGACGGCGAGUAAAGCAUCGGGUAUACCAAGUCGUAUUGGACGGCCGUGUUGUAAGGGUGCACCGAAACCCGGAAUUCCACCUAUACCAAAAUCACAAGGUACACCUACAAGUGAUGCCGGUUCAAGGAAAUCUAGUGAAGAUCGAUCCAAAAAGUUGUCAGUAUCAAGUAAUGCAUCAUUGGAUACUUUAUGGGAAUAUUAUCCACGGCGUCUUAGUGAAGCAGGUUUACGGCGUCAUUCAGAUGCUAGUCAAGUAUUGACUGAAGAUACAGAUAGUUUUAUUAUUGGUGAUCGAGUAUGGGUCGGCGGUACAAAACCUGGACAAAUCGCUUACAUUGGCGAAACACAAUUUGCACCAGGGGAAUGGGCUGGUAUUGUAUUGGAUGAACCAAUUGGGAAAAACGAUGGAUCUGUAUCGUCCGUAAGGUAUUUCCAAUGUGAACCAAGAAAAGGGGUAUUUUCACGAUUAACGCGUUUAACACGUUAUCCAUUGGAAUCACCACCAGUGAUUCGUGAAAAUGUUGCUUUGGCUCAAUCUACUCCCUCAAGUUUACGUAAUGCAACGGCUGCAUCACGUUCCAAACAAAUUUCACCAACGGCCAGUGUAAAAACUCCAUCAUUAAGCGCAAAUAAUGAUCUGAAAAUUGGUGAUCGGGUUAUCGUUAGAUCAAGUGCUACAACUGGCUCAAAACCAGGUAUUUUACGUUUUAUUGGUGCUACACAAUUUGCACCGGGCGAAUGGUGUGGUGUUGAAUUGGAUGAUCCAAUUGGAAAAAAUGAUGGAUCUGUUGAUGGAAUCAGUUAUUUCGAAUGUCAACCAUUUUAUGGUUUGUUCACCCCCAUCCACAAGGUAUCCAAAUCACCAUCAACACGUCGACCUUCCGCUUGUGUUGUUCAUCGUCCAGGAAGUACAACACCCGGAUUACGUCGUAGUAAUUCGCGUGAAUCAUUAACAUCAAUGAACACAAGUAUUGCAUCAUCUAUACGAACAACUGCAUCCCGGGUAAGACUUGGUGUGACUAGUUUGAACACUCCCAAGGGCUUAGCAAAGGUACAUUAGUUUUUGUCCUAACUUUUUGUUUUUUUUUUAUUAAUUUUGUUGUAGUUUGUAAAACGUCCACAUAUUUUAUGGAAAAAUAUUUUCAUUAUUUCAAUUAUUUAAUAUAAUUUCGAAGGCAAAAUUUUUUUAAAGGCAUCGUCGAAGGCAAAAUACUUCCAAGCUCGAAAAUUCCACUUUCCAUAAAGUUUGUAGCGGUUACUUUUUUUUUAUUUCAGUAGACUUUUCAGGUUAUUGAAAAAAUGCACAAUUAUGAUUCUUAUUAUUCGCCAAUUAUUAAUUUAUUAUUGUAAUUUACUUAAUAUUUCACAUAGAGGCUCUGUAAUAUUGCGAGUGGAAAUAAUCCAAACAUUUGAGUAAACAGAUGAUAUCUGCUUUCUUCACAGAAUUAUAAUCCAAACUUGUUAUCGGAAAAUAUUUUUAUAUCCUACUUAUCUAUGACUUUAAUUUUACAAAAUUU